AGUCGCUGUGGAUCCUGUGCAUAGUUUAGUCCUCUUAAUCAAGCAUAGACUGCAUCUACCAAGUCAGCGACUUGUUAGAGUUCAUAAGUACAUACUCUCUCUUCUCUUCGUCUUUACUGGCAUCUCUGGGCCAGGUUCAUACCAGCGUCAUCACCGGUUCAAAUACCUUUUUUUCCUCCAGUUUCCUAUCGGACGUCAUUCCGCAGUAUAUCUGGGUAAGCCCCCACGUGUUGCGACAUUGACCGGCCGAUGAUUAUUUUCUUCCUCUCUUCUUUCACUUCACAACACUUUCACCAUCACCUCCACCAUCACGUCAUUUUAUCAGUGCUAACCAAUACAGCACUGCCGCACUAGCCAGUCUAUUCUCAAUCAGCCCAUAUCCUCAAGUCCAACACUGCACCCCGCUCCUCCGACCUUAUUCAUCCUUCGCCGGCAAAACUUGGACGACUUGAUCUUCAAGUAACUCCAUUCUGACCACCAUCAUGGACAACUCUACCCGCACUCUGCACUCCAUAACCCGCAGCAGCACCCAAGGCUCCAACUCCUCCAUACCAUCCUCGUCAGUCACACUAGGCUACACGCCCUCAGCGAUGGCAGCCCAACCGCAGAACCUCCUAUCUUCAAGUACAAACCAGACGCAAUUCGGAGCGAGCGAGCAACUACAACAACAAGCACAACAGAACCACAACCAGACCUCUUCUUCCACCGAGUCUGCGAACACGGCGCCCCCGCCCCAGCAGCUGAUAUCUACCCCACCAGGUCACCAGCUCGGGGGUCCGUUAGCAACAGCCCCUUUUCUACGAGACUUUAGUCUCGUCGCCGAAGCAGCGAAACGAGCGCAGAUGUCUGUCGUGCUGCGGGAUUUGGAGAGCGUCACUCUAUAGAGCUCUGGGUCGGAGCGGUGAUCGCUUUCCUUUCACAGCUAUGGGUGCGGUGCAAUUGGCUGAUGGUGGUCUUGGACAUCGGGCUCGGGCGUGCAGGACAGGGAUUUCAAGUUGGGCUGAUAUUUUAUUGGAGUUUACAGUUACCUACAUCAAGGACUGCGGCGGGAUGGGUUGGAUUGGCGUUAGACUUGCACAGUUACACAGAUAUACCAUUCACUUUGACUAAAUCAAUAAAGAACUCAAU